AUGCCGCUGCAGGCUCUGAGGAAGGAGAAGUCACGGGACGCGGCAAGGUCGCGUCGGGGAAAAGAGAACUUUGAGUUUUAUGAACUGGCCAAGAUGCUGCCACUGCCAGGUGCCAUCACCAGCCAGCUGGACAAGGCCUCCAUCAUCCGGCUCACCAUCAGCUAUCUGAAAAUGAGGGAUUUCGCCAACCAGGGAGACCCACCGUGGAACCUGCGAAUUGAGGGACCUCCGCCCAACACCUCGGUCAAAGCUAUCGGUACCCAGCGGAGGAGAAGUCCCAGCGCCAUUGCCUCUGAGAUCUUCGAACCUCACCUAGGAAGCCACAUUUUACAGUCUCUGGAUGGGUUUGUAUUUGCACUAAACAAAGAGGGGCGCUUCCUCUACAUCUCUGAGACGGUUUCCAUCUACCUGGGAUUGUCACAGGUGGAGCUCACUGGUAGCAGUGUGUUUGACUACAUCCACCCUGGCGAUCAUGUGGAGAUGGCAGAGCAGCUUGGGAUGAAACUUCCUCCAGGCCGAGGGAUGUCUCUAUCCCAGGGAGCAGUCAACGAAGACGGGGCUUCUUCGGCUUCUUCAUCGUCACACUCUGAGACGCCCGAACCAGUCGAAUCCAGCAGUCCCAGUCUUCUGGCUCCUGAUAACUCCCUGGAACGGUCCUUCUUCAUCCGGAUGAAAUCUACACUCACAAAGAGAGGCGUGCACAUCAAGUCCUCAGGAUAUAAGGUGAUCCACGUCACAGGGCGCCUGCGGAUCAGGAUGGCUCUGACUCACAGCCGCUCAGUGCCCAAUCAGAUCAUGGGGAUGGUGGCGGUGGCUCACGCUCUCCCGCCGCCAACAAUCAACGAGGUUCGCAUCGACUGCCAAAUGUUCGUGACCCGAGUCAACAUGGACCUAAAGAUUGUCUACUGUGAGAACAGAAUCAGUGACUACAUGGACCUGACUCCAGUGGACAUUGUGGGGAAGAGAUGCUACCAGUUUAUUCAUGCUGAAGAUGUGGAGGGGAUCAGACAGAGUCACCUUGACUUGAUGAAUAAAGGCCAGAGUGUGACAAAGUAUUACCGGUGGAUCCAGAAGAAUGGUGGUUACAUCUGGAUCCAGUCCAGUGCCACCAUCGCUAUCAAUGUGAAAAACGCCAGCGAGAAGAACAUCAUCUGGGUCAACUACGUUCUCAGUAAUCCAGAGUAUAAAGACACACCCAUGGACAUUGCCCAGCUGCCAAACCUGCCUGAGAAAGCUUCAGAGUCCUCUGAAACUUCAGACUCUGAGUCCGAGUCCAAAGAAAACUCAGACAACGAGAACACCAAGGCAGAGGAGAAGCCCGGCCACCAAACAGAACACAGUGAGGACCCAGAGACAGACAGCAAACGUCAGCAGCAACCCGGCCAGUCACACUGUUCAUCUGAACAAGAAAUGAAGCGCCAAGAAGAAGGAGAUAGCUCAAGUAACCCUGAGAGCCAGGACAGUGAUGACAGUCUGGAACCUUCAGAUGGAGAGGGGAGUCUGGGUGCCAUCGGUGGACUGGGUAACCUAGGUGGGCUUCAUAUUAAAGUAGAGCACUACGGAGAAGGGGAAGACGUACAGCUGCGUAGCUCCCAAACGUCUUCAUCAGAAGAGGAAGGAGAAGAAGAAGAGGAGGAUGAAGAAGAUGACGAGGAUGACAAUGGGUGCGUGCAAGAUUGUGACAGUGUCAAUGCUGGUAGCAAGCUGCAGAAAAGGCGAAAGAGGAGGAAAGUGCAGAAAUGGGAUGGCUCACGAAGCAGGAGGCUUCGUCUGUCUUCAACUACACCCAGUCCCAUAGCAAUAGGCGAUACCACUCCGCUAGUCGACCCCUCCCAAGCCACAACCGCAACCUCCACCCAUCUCUUAGCCUCAUCUGGCUCCCCAAACAGUGCAAAUGCAGCAUCCUCAGUUCUGAAGAUUAAGACAGAGAUGGCAGAACCAAUAAACUUUGACAAUGACAGCAGCAUCUGGAACUACCCUCCCAACAGGGAAAUUUCCAGAAACGAGUCUCCAUACAGCAUGACCUCCAAGCCAUCUGCUCCAGGGAGCCAUGAGACCUUCCCCUCACCACAGGGAGGAUCUCUCCAGGUAGCCAUUCCUGACUCUGUCCUCACCCCUCCUGGAACUGAGGGAGGAGCAGGAGGAGUGAGGAAACCCCCUUACAAUGGAAGCUCAGCCCCAUCCUCUGCCUCCAGUGCUGUAAGCUUAGCUCCUCCUUCCAGCGCCUCCUCUGCCGACCCCCUAUCUCCUCCCCUUUCUGCAUCCCCACGGGACAAGCAACAAGGCACUCCCACCACCUCUUCUUCCUCAUCUUCUUCUUCAUCCUCCUCAACCUCUUCUUCUUCACUACUGUACUCUGGGGACCUUGAAGCACUUCAGCGCCUGCAAGCUGGUAACGUGGUGCUUCCGCUGGUCCACAGAGUCACAGGUACUCUGGCCUCCACCAGCACGACAGCUCCACGGGUCUACACCACUGGGACCAUCAGGUAUGCGCCAGCGGACGUAACUCUGGCUAUGGCACAAGGCAACCUCCUCCCUAAUGCUGCCAUGAACUUUGUUGACGGCUCAGGGUUUGGCCUGGACCCUAAGACACCCAUGGAGAUGCUCUACCAUCAUGUCCACAGGCUCAACAUGUCUGCUGCGGCAGCUGCUGGCCCCUUUGUCGGAUCUCCUACUGCCACAGGUGGGAACGGUGCCCUUGGAGGUCAGAUGCCAACAACAGCCAAUGUUUUCACCACAGCAGAGGGACUGUUCUCAACGCUACCAUUCCCAGUGUACAGCAACGGGAUCCAUACCACGCAGACAACACUGGAGAGGAAGGAGGAUUAGCAGAAAGUAUCCAAGACCGCAUUACUGUGUUUUCGGAAUCAACAACUGUGUCAAAGACUGCUCACUAGUAAAUAAAAAUGAAAGACUAUUUACUUGUUUUAUCAACACGGUUUAGCACUGUGUUUCCGAGAGAAGAGAAAGGAAAGGGAAGGAUGACAGAUGUACUCUAGCACUUUGAAUCUCAGAAACUGAGCUUGCGUAACAGACGUGACCCUCAAACUUGUCCCCCUUUUCUAUCUGUUUUCUCUCUCCUCCUCAUCCUCUUCUCCUCUCUCAGUCUCUCGCUUUGCUCCCGUUUCUUGCGAUCAGCAACUCUUUUCUCUUGAACAAACAAAAACCAGACUAUUCUUUAUUGUAAAGAACCCCUUUUUUGCCUACAGAGAAUUCAUAUUGCCUAAGGACUCAGUUGGAGCCUGAUGGGGAUAAUUU